AUGGCUAGUAGCAAUUAUAUUCAAUUGGACUUGGAAGCCUGCCAAGAGAGGUUUUCGCUUUAUAACCUGACGAUGCCUCAAAGGAAGGUUUCCCAGCUCUUUGAAUUUGAUCCUAAUGCUACUCCAAAUGAAAAUUUGGAUUUACUGUCUAAAAUGGCUUUGAAAGAUGAAUUUACAGUGCCAUUUAUUUUCAUCUAUAGGCCUAUUUUCAUUGAGCUAGUUGCUAGGUGGAUCACUGUAUCUUCGACGUCCGAUGCUGUUGAUGUUAUUGCUGCUUUUGGGAGAUCCAUCACGUUAUGUCCUGAAAUUGCAACUUUAGCUGAACUUUUCCUGAAGGAGAGAAGCGACUUUUUUAAUGCAUUGUUACUGACAGAUCAAGUAGAUGAAAUUCUGCUACACAAGGUGCUACUUGGAUACUAUAGGUUAAUCUAUCAUGAUAAAGCACGAUUCAAAAUUUAUAUCAACGCUCAAACGAUUUACUCACUUUUAAGUUCAAAAUGUGGCAAUGUUAAUAGUAAAAUAGGGAAGUUUUUGAGCGUUAAAAUAAUUUCUGCUCUUCUGAACAUGGCGGAGGCUGCUUACAUUAAACUACUACAGAACUAUAUUCCAAUUGAAGAACCUAUAUUGUUCAUGUACGAAUGUAGUCCAGGUGUUGAUUACAAGUUUUUGGAACUGAAUGAAGCCAAGAGAUUUUCCAAUUUUUCAAAACUACCGCAAGUUCAUCCUGCUGAUUUCGUUACUGAACAGAACAAAUUCAAAGGUAUAAGUAAAUACUUCAUUGCAGAUGUUUCAAACUUAUCACCACACGUUGUACCUGUCUGUAAUGUUUUAAUACCUCGAGUGAAUAGCUUUACCAACCAUACUUCGUAUACCUCUGAGCUAGUUCACACUGAUAAUUCUGUCCAAGCUAUGAUUCAGUUAGCAUUUAAUGUUCAGAAAUCCAAACCAGUUAUGGUUUUGGGCAAGUGCGGUUCUGGUAAAACAUUUUUAAUCAAUGAACUAGCAAAAAUGAUGGGUAUGCACCAUAGUAUGGUAAAAAUACAUUUGGGUGAACAAACAGAUGCUAAGUUGUUGUUAGGUACGUAUACAUCUGGAGAGAGGCCCGGAACAUUUGAAUGGAGAACUGGUGUGUUGACGACAGCAGUUAAAGAAGGCAGGUGGGUUCUAAUAGAGGAUAUUGAUAAAGCACCAACAGAAGUCCUCUCUGUAUUGCUAACAUUGCUAGAGAAGAAUGUGCUAUCUAUCCCAUCUCGUGGGGAGCUUAUCAAGGCAGCCAAUGGAUUUCAAUUAUUAUCGACUAUUACGAUUGAUGAAAGUGAGGACAGAAAACAUGGUGAAUCUUAUAGGCCUGACUUAAUUGGCAUAGCACGUUGGGAAGUUGUCCAUCUACAGGACCUAUCUAAUGUCGAUUUGCAUUCUAUUUUAUGUCAAAAAUACCCAAUAUUACAGAGCAUGAUCCCCAAAUUUAUCCAAACUUACUAUUCUGUUAAAAAGAUUUACACUAAUCCUGGAUUUAUAUCCUUAAACAAAGGGGUGGUUCCUCGCGUGAUAUCUGUAAGGGAUCUGGUAAAGCUAUGCAAUAGAGUAAAUUCAUUAUUUACUAACCAUAAUGUUGUGAAACAUGAUCAAUUAAUUGAGUCAUAUAUCUACAAUUAUAUUUUUUCAGAGGCUGUAGAUUGUUUUGCAAGUGCAGUGAGCGAAAACAGCGCUUUGCAACUUCUGGUUACGGCUGUUGGAGAAUCAUUGGAGAUUCCAUCAUCCAGAGUAUCACUAUACAUGUCGAAGUAUGUUCCUGAAUUUGAACAUGAUGCUGAUUUGGUGAAAAUAGGAAGAGCUGAGUUACCUAUAUCCAGGUUGGGGCUUCAAAAAAAAUCUGUAAAUAUCACAUCAUUUGCCAAAACAAAUCAUUCGUUGAGGUUGAUGGAGCAAAUCGGUGUGGCAGCACAGAUGGCUGAACCUGUAUUAUUAGUAGGUGAAACUGGUACUGGUAAAACAACGGUGGUUCAGCAUGUUGCGAAAUUAAUGAACAAACCAUUGACAGUCAUCAAUGUCUCUCAACAAACAGAAGCUGGAGAUUUACUUGGUGGUUUCAAACCUGUAAAUUGUAAAACUGUGGCUAUUCCUAUACUAGAAGACUUUGAAGCGUUGUUUUCAGCAACAUUUUCCAUGAAGAAGAACGAGAGGUUCUAUCAAAUGGUUCAUAAGUGCUUUACUAAGAAUCAGUGGAAAAAUAUAAUAAAGCUUUGGAAUGAAGCGGUAAAAAUGGCAAAAUCUAUCUUAAGUAGGGAUUCUGCAAUCACAAAUGAUGCGGAGAAUAAGAAGAAAAGGAGAAAGCUAGAUUCCAAUGAAAAAAAGCAGUUGUUGAACAAGUGGCAAGAUUUUCAUGAAACAGUGAAGAAGUUUGAGUUACAAUCCAAGUCAAUUGAGAAUUCGUUUGUAUUUGACUUUGUUGAAGGCUCAUUAGUGAAGGCUAUAAAAAAUGGUUCUUGGCUGUUGCUGGAUGAAAUUAACUUGGCUUCUAGUGAUACUUUAGAAAGUAUAACAGAUUUGUUGACUGAAAAGGCAUCAAGAAGUAUUCUGUUAUCCGAAAAGGGAGAAGUAGAAUCAGUAAAAGCCCACUCGGAAUUUAGAAUAUUUGCAUGUAUGAAUCCUGCUACUGACGUAGGAAAGAAAGAUUUGCCUUCAGGAAUAAGGUCAAGGUUUACAGAAAUAUAUGUUCACUCUCCAGAUCGUGAUAUAACAGAUUUACUUUCAAUAAUUGACAAGUAUAUUGGCAGAUAUAGCGUCUCAGACGAAUGGGUUGGUAAUGACAUUGCUCAGUUGUACCUAGAAGCAAAAAAGUUGGCAGAAACAAAUUCUAUUGUCGAUGGUUCCAAUCAGAAGCCUCACUUUAGUAUUAGAACUCUCAGCCGCACAUUGAUUUAUGUAUGCGAUAUCAUUCAGAUUUAUGGUCUGCGUCGUUCUCUUUAUGAAGGGUUUUGCAUGAGUUUCUUAACUUUGUUAGAUCAAAAAUCUGAGUCAAUUCUAUUACCAUUAAUCGAAAAAUAUACCUUGGGUAGAUUAAAGAACGCAAAGUCUGUUAUCUCCCAAACACCGCCUUCACCAGGCCCAAAUUAUGUCAAAUUCAGACACUAUUGGAUGGAAUGUGGUUCAGAACAAAUUGUAGAACAACCACAUUACAUCAUAACACCAUUUGUGGAGAAGAACAUGUUAAAUUUGGUUAGAGCUACUUCUGGAAGGAGAUUUCCAGUUUUAGUUCAAGGUCCUACUUCAGCUGGUAAAACUUCGAUGAUCAAGUACUUGGCUGAUAUUACAGGUCACAAAUUCGUCAGAAUUAACAAUCAUGAACACACGGAUCUACAGGAAUACUUGGGAUCGUAUGUCACAGAUGAUACUGGGAAAUUGUCAUUUAAGGAGGGUGUUUUAGUGGAAGCUUUACGGAAGGGUCACUGGAUUGUUUUAGAUGAAUUGAACCUAGCGCCAUCAGAUGUUUUAGAAGCUUUAAAUAGGCUUUUGGAUGAUAAUAGAGAACUAUUUAUUCCGGAAACCCAAGAAGUCAUUCACCCACACCCUGAUUUCAUGUUGUUUGCAACUCAAAAUCCCCCAGGCAUUUACGGGGGUCGUAAACUUUUGUCCAGAGCCUUUAGAAACCGUUUCUUAGAAUUGCAUUUUGAUGAUAUCCCCCAGAAUGAACUGGAGACUAUAUUACGUGAAAGAUGUCAAAUUGCACCAUCGUAUGCAAGAAAAAUUGUUGAAGUUUAUUGUAUGCUCACUGUUCAACGUUCUGCUAAUCGUUUAUUUGAGCAAAAGAACUCAUUUGCUACUCUUCGUGAUCUUUUCAGAUGGGCUUUAAGGGAAGCAGUCGGAUACGAACAGUUGGCUGUUAAUGGUUAUAUGCUAUUAGCAGAAAGAUGCAGAACUCAAAAUGAAAAAGCACUUGUGAAAAGUGUUAUCGAAAAAGUCAUGAAGGUCCAAUUAGAUAUGGAUAAAUAUUAUAAAGCUUUUGAAAAUGACAGACUGAUGGAAAUGAAUAGUCCUAUUGUUUGGACAAAUGCUAUGCGUAGAUUGAGCGUCUUAGUGAGUGCUUGUUUAAAAAAUAAUGAGCCAGUAUUACUUGUAGGAGAAACCGGUUGUGGUAAAACGACCAUCUGCCAACUACUUUCGCAGUUUAUGAACAAGCAACUAAUCACAAUGAAUGCUCAUCAAAAUACCGAAACUGGAGAUAUUAUUGGUGCCCAGAGACCUGUAAGAAAUAGAUCAGAAUUACAGGAAAAGCUUUCUACAUCAUUGAGAAAUGCAAUACCUAGUGAUCUUCUUGGUGAUGAAAAACAUGAUCUUAACAGAUUAUUAGAACUAUACAGGAGCAUGGAUAAGUCAGAUCUAAAUUCUGACCUUCAAAAUUCCAUAAAGAGACAAUUAGAUGAGUUAAACAUCUUAUUUGAAUGGUGUGAUGGACCUCUAAUUCAAGCUAUGAAAAAAGGAGAAUUUUUCUUACUAGAUGAGAUAUCCUUAGCCGAUGAUUCUGUUCUAGAGAGAUUGAAUUCUGUUCUGGAACCAGAAAGAAGUUUAUUAUUGGCUGAAAAGGGCUGUGAUAGCUCUCUUACUGCCAUUGAUGGUUUCCAAUUUUUUGCAACUAUGAACCCCGGUGGAGACUAUGGUAAGAGGGAACUUUCUCCAGCUUUAAGGAAUCGUUUAACUGAAAUUUGGGUCCCAUCAAUGGAAAGUUUUAGUGAUGUUAGUAUGAUUGUUUCAACAAAACUGCUCGAACCUGUCGGCUUUCUAACCAAACACAUUGUCAAGUUCUCUGAAUGGUAUGGAAACAAAUUUGGAGGAAGAGAUGCAACUAAUGGUGUGAUAUCUUUAAGGGAUAUCUUAGCUUGGGUUGAAUUUAUAAAUUGCACGUACAUGAAAGUUCAUGACCCUCAUGCUGCAUUGGUCCAUGGUGCUGCGAUGGUAUUUAUAGACGCUUUGGGGACAAACAAUACUGCAUAUUUAGCAGAGAAUGAGGCAAGGUUACAUGGUCAAAAAGUGGAAUGCAUUGAACUCCUCUCGGAGAUGACAGGAGAUAACUUGUUCAAAUAUCUUUCAACAGACUUAAAGGUUGAAGUUACCGAUCAGAUGUUGAAGUGUGGACUGUUUGAUGUUGCGAGGUCGACUGCUAACUCACCCGUUCCCACCUUUAACCUAAGCGCUCCCACAACUAUGAAAAAUUUAAUGAAAGUAAUGAGAGCUAUGCAAGUUCAAAAGCCUAUAUUAUUAGAGGGUUCUCCUGGUGUUGGUAAAACUAGUUUAAUAUCCGCAUUGGCUGAUUGUACUGGGAAUAACCUAACUCGCAUGAAUCUCUCUGAGCAAACUGACUUGGUAGAUCUAUUUGGUUCGGAUGCACCUGGAGAAAACACUGGUGAAUUUGUUUGGAGAGAUGCUCCAUUCUUGAGAGCCAUGCAAAGGGGUGAAUGGGUUCUGUUGGAUGAGAUGAAUCUAGCAUCACAAUCAGUGCUAGAAGGCUUGAAUGCUUGUUUAGAUCAUCGUGGAGAGGUUUAUAUUCCUGAAUUAGACAAAUCAUUCAUCCGCCAUCCAAACUUUAUGGUUUUUGCCGCUCAAAACCCUCAAUAUCAGGGUGGUGGAAGAAAGGGCUUACCAAAAUCUUUCAUAAAUCGUUUCUCAGUUGUUUAUAUGGAUACACUUACUGCUGAUGAUUUAUUACUGAUAUCAAAGCACUUAUAUCCAAAUAUUUCAUCUGAUACCUGUAAAAAAAUGAUUAAAGUGAUAUCAUCUUUGGAGGACGAAGUCACGAAUCGGAAGAUGUGGGGUUCUGCCGGCGCUCCAUGGGAGUUUAAUUUGAGAGAUACAUUGAGAUGGUUGAGGCUAUUAAACUCCAAGUCUAUUUGUAAUAGUCUUGAAGCAUUUGACUUUGUAGAUAUGAUUGUCUCUCAGAGAUUUCGUUGCGAAUUAGAUCAUGCAAAAGCUCAUAAACUAAUUACGAAUGUGUUUGGGAACUAUAGUAACAGAGACAAUUAUUACCAAGUUACACAGGAUUAUUUGCAAGUAAAUGCAGAAGUUGUUAAGAGAAAUAAAGUGCUGCAAUUUUCUGAUGUUGAUAAAUUGGUUCCGUUGCAAUCAAAUUAUACCUAUUAUGAAUCGAUUUUGCGAUGUCUCAAUCAUAAUUGGCCUGUAAUAUUAGUUGGACCUUCAAAUGCGGGCAAAACUGAAUUAAUUCAUUUCCUUGCAAAUGUUCUGGGUUCUGAGGUGGUUGAGUUUGCUAUGAACAGUGAUGUCGACAGUAUGGAUUUGUUAGGUGGUUAUGAACAGGUUGAUUUAACCCGGAAGAUCUCCGAAGUCGUUGACCGCUUAUCGCUUGUUUUAAGAGAGCUGCUAGUGAUAAAUCUAUCAAACAGAUUUGAAGAAUCUCAGACAGAAAGCAAUCAAAUUGCACUUCAUCUCUUUGAGUUUAUACAAACUAGAACCAUUACUCUAGAAAACUUUGAUCUAUUUUUGGAACAUUUCAGCAAAUUUAUGUCCUUCGUGGGUGAUAACCACCAACUAAACGAAAUUCAAAAUGAUUUUAUACAAUUGUCUCUCACACUAAAAAGAGAAGUAAAUGUAAGGUUUGAAUGGUUUGAUGGAUUGCUUGUAAAAGCUGUCGAGCGUGGCUCUUGGCUCAUUUUAGACAAUGCAAACUUAUGUUCACCUUCCGUACUAGACCGGUUGAACUCCUUACUGGAGGUUAAUGGUAAUUUAGUCAUUAAUGAAUGUAGUCUUUCUGAUGGGAGACCGCGAGUUGUACAGCCGCAUCCGAAUUUCAGACUGUUUUUAACUGUUGAUCCAAAAUAUGGGGAACUGUCGAGGGCUAUGAGAAACAGAGGUAUUGAAAUAUAUGUUGACGAUUUAAAAGUUAGGGCGUCAGAAUUUGAUAGAUCUCUUCUCGGUUAUAAUUUGAAGGAUUCUAGUAAGAUGCAGCUUGAGAAUGGUAUUAAGGCUAUUUCGUUAUCUGAUAACUGCUUUAAUCGUCCAUUACAGUCAUAUACUUCCCAUAGCAAUUCUGUCAUUGUGCCUUUUGCAAGAUUGCAUGACAUUUUGUUAUCAUCUAACAAUAAUAUUUCGACUUCAGUUAUUACAACUUUACCUUUAAUUUCGUCAUUUUUCAUUGAGUUGUGGAACAAUAAUGUUUUGGCAAACAAAGACUUCGAAGAGAAAGAUAUUGUAAGCAAAAUUUCAGCCUACCAUGAUUUCUUGAAUCAAUUCAAUAUCAUAGAAAAUGUAAAAGAGCUUUACCAAUCUACUAGCGAUAAGUAUCACGAAGACUUCCAAGCCAUUAGGUUUCCAAUCAAUCAAACGUUGCUUCCUGUACUAAAUGUUUAUAUUUCGGAUACACUGCUUGCAAAAUCUGCAAUUUCUACAUCUUCUGAAACCUUAUACUUAUACCAGUUAAUGGAGAAACUGUUGUUUUCUGUACACUCUCUCCAAUUCACUAACAAGAAGUCAACCCAUGGCAAGAUCCACGAGUUGUCAUACUUAGAACAAUCUGCAGCUGUUUACAACAAUAGAAAGAUUAAAAAUCCUCCAAAAAUCCGUAUAUUUGAGCUUCUUUUAGAGCUUAAUAAUUUCACGCAACAAUGUUUAACUGAUAUUCCAUUAUUCGAUCUGCCAAAUGUCUACAAUAUGCUCUUCAAACUUUAUAUUAUUUGGAUUGGUGCGUUUGAGGUUUCCUCAACAAGAGAUGAAACUAGAUUACGAGUAUAUCAGGAAUUAUUGAUAACUUGGUCGGAUGAAGCUAAGCUUACUGUUCCAAAUGUUACCGAGGUUUCAGCUAUGUCGCACAAAUUUGGGAGCUCAUUAGACUUAAAGACAGGGAAAUCCAUGACUUUGAUAUGGGAAGAAUUUAGAAAACGGUAUCCUUCUUCCUUGGAGGCAUGGUCCAAAUUUAUUAAAAUCGAAAACGUUGCAGCUCAGUUUGACUCUGUUACUAAAGAGCAGUUCUGCGAUUCCUAUCCAAUAAUUAGAAAUCUUCAUCACAUCUUCCAUUGCUUGGUUAAUGACUUAUUAACCGGAAACGAUCAUGAUUUUGAUGAAGUAAUUUCAAAAAUCGAACGCGGACUUUUAGAGCUAAAUGCUAUCUCAAAUUCCUUCUUGACUAAAAGGAAUCAUCAAUUCAGAGAAGACUUCACUACAAUAUUCAGAUUUAUAUUUUGUGAUAAUAAUGGCUGCGCCUCUGAUCUUGUCUCUGAAAUUGCACCAAGUUCUUCAAUACCUGUCAUGAAAUUGAGCAGAUUGAAUAACAAGUCUUAUGUGUUCCCACCAACUUUUGACAUUACGUGGAACAAAGAUGGGGAUCGCUUUGUUUCUCAUACAGGGGAGCUUUUUAAUACUUCUUUAUUAGAAAGUGUACUUGAGAAAACAAAUUCACUGCAAUCUGCUCCUGGAAGUCAACUCACACAAAUGAUAUCAGAUGCAAAUCUUCUAAUAAAGGCAAUGACUAAUGCUUCCCAAUUUCUCUUAGGAGAUCAAUGCAAGUUAUACAGGGACAUUUUAGUUGAUUGGUACAAAAAAAUCGUCAAGAUACACAUAUCCUCGGAUCUGGAUAAUUUGUGUAUGGAAGAUAUCUUUAGAUUGGUCGACAAUGGCAUCGAUGCGGAUUUUGCUUCCAUUCACCAAAAAUUUUUAAGUCCUGCAAUACUUUUAGUAAAUGAUAAUCCAUCAAUGAACUCUUUGGGUAAAGCAUGGGUUCUUUUUGCCACAGGAUUAAUUCAGUUGUAUGUCCCAAGUAGUCCAUUAGAUCCGGCUAUUCGCGAUUAUGUUCUUUUGGACCACUUCAUGAAACGCAAACAAGAAUCAGAACGAUUAAUUAAUACAUGGAAAACAGUUAGAACAAUUUUAACUGGUUCUUCUGAAAUGGAGGUUGAAAAAUUGAUUGAUGUUGUUACAGAAAAUGAUGGACCCGAAAAACCAAAAGUUUUCAGACCAAAUCACCCUAUUGACACGUUAUUUGACGAAUGGUCUGCGUUUAUGGUCUCAACUGUCGAUAGUGAAAAUUUACAGAGAUUACUGGAUGCAGCCGACCAUCCAUCUGAGUUUAAUAAAUUGGUGAUGUUCCAGCAGAACACCUCACAAUUUUUGUCCAGAUUGUCUGAAAGCUAUAAGUACUAUUCAGAUUUGACUGAAAUAUUUGCGGGAUAUGUUUAUUCACUGAAAUUUGGUUAUGAUUUACUUGUUUAUUCAACGAUUCGCGACCAUAAACCGAUUUCUCUCUCUCCAUUGUGUGCAAUUGAUUUAAACGUAAUCAGUAAUAUUGACACUAUUGGUGACUGCUUACAAGAUUUGUGUACUUUUUUCAAAAGUAAAACAAUCGAAUCUUUAGAUGUCGAAUCUAUUUUAAUUUACUAUAUGAAGUUGGUCAGAUACCAUGCAUUAGAUGAUAAAUUGUUGAAUAUUUUGGGUAAGAUUUUGCACUCUUUGUAUUAUAGGUGGACACUACGUCACAUGAAGGAUGAGAAGCUCAAUGCAGAUCGUGCGAAUAUUUUCAGAUAUAAGGAUGAAUCUGAAAAUGUGGAAUCUGAAUUCAAAAGAAUGUUUCCAGAUUACGAGGAUGUCCUCUCUUUAGAUGCUAGCGAGGAAGCUACACUAUCUUCCAAUGACAACUUAGAUGAGCUUUAUUACAACAUUGCAAAAAGUUAUAUUGAUUUAUUUUCUGAUUCUCCGAAUUUCAAUAUUUCACCGGUGAUACGUGAAGGUUCUAAAGUAACGAGUAUGUUGUUGAAAGAUUCGCAUAAGUUUAAAUCUGAAAAGAUGAAUGCUACUUCAUUUACAGCCACAGUUAACUUGCUGGCAUCGGAGGUUGAAUCUUUGGGUGCUUCAUUAGAACCUCCUGACGUGAAUUUCUAUCAUGGGUAUUCUGUUCAAGAGGCGAGGAAGUCUAUGAAUAUUAUUGAGAACUUACUAAACUCUAUAAACGGGCUUUUGAUUCAAUGGCCUGAACACUCAACAUUGGUUGAGCUAUUCAGAAUUUGCAAAGAGUAUUUACAAUAUCCUGUAAAUACACCUGUUGCAAGAUUGUUACAGAAGAUUGAGCAGACUUAUACAUUUGUGUCUGAAUGGGAGAAAUAUGCCGCUUCGUCCGUUUCAUUAAGUUCCCACAUCAAGGCUAUCACAACUUUAAUCGUUGACUGGAGAAAGUGGGAGUUGCAUACUUGGAACAGUUUGUUCACAUUUGAAGAAAAAUCGUUUGAAAAGAAAAUUGGUAAUUUAUGGUUCCAUCUAUUUGAGGUCAUUAUUAUCGCCAAUUUCAAUCCUCAAGAUGGUAUCUCUAAAGAACUACUGUAUUCUAGGCUGAUGGCUUCUUUGACUCUAUUUUUCAGCAAAAGCACUUAUGGUGAAUUCUCUAUACGCAUAAAGCUGGUAGAGGCAUUUGAAAAGCAUGUUUCCAUCAUGACAGAAGGGAAAUCUGAAGUUUUGCAUGUUUUACAAAAUGCAGUAACGUUUUUCAAGCAAUUUUCAUCUAUUAUUGAGGAAAAGGUUCUUUCUGUUCGGAAAUCUCUAGAAAAAGAUAUUUCUGAGGUAAUUCUUUUGGCUAGUUGGAAGGAUGUAAAUGUGGAUGCUUUAAAGCAGAGUUCUCGUCGUUCCCAUAAUAACUUGUAUAAGUUAGUUCGGAAGUACCGUGAAGCACUUUCCAACGAAGUUUCGAUGAUUAUUGAAAGCGGACUUUCUUCAACCCACCAGGACUUCCAUUCUUUAGACUGUGCAAUUAUACCGUCUUCCAGAGAAUUAGAUCUUCAAAGGGCUAAACUAAUCGUUGAAAAGCUUCCAACUUGGGAAACGAGACCCAAAGCAUUGAAGAAUGUGCAGUUGGUCGAAAGGAAUAUGAUCAUAUAUCGGGCGAAUAUAACUAAGCAAGAGAUCCCUGAUAUUUAUGAAUACAUAAAGCUUUUGGUUAAAGAAGCUGAACGUCUGAGAGAGGAAACUCCAAAAGUAUACUCGAAGGAUAAAAAGAAGUUAUUAGCUACUUUGAAAACUCAGAAGUAUAAAUUGCUGAGCGACACAUUGAAAGAAUUGAAGCGGAUUGGCUUGAAAACAAGUUUCAGGGAAGAUGUUCACAAGUUACAAAGUAGCGUUACAUCUAUAUUGGCAAGUGUGAAAUCUUUCAAAAAUACGAAAAUCUUCUCCUGUGACUUUUAUUUCUUCAAAACCCUAGAUUUAAUACCAAGACUGAGAAGUGCUGCUUCAUCGCCUGCAGGUGAUAUACCAGUAGCUGAUAUUGAAAAAGGUCUGGCUAUAGGUGAAAAUUUGAUAUUUUCAUUAAUAAAAACAAGGGAACCGAUGUUCAGACUUGUCACUGAUUGUGAAAGAUUAGAAAAACUACGGAAAUAUUUGGAAGAAGUUUCAGGUUCUAAAAUCAUUAAGAAUAUAUCCCUAAAGAAUAAAUUUAAUCUAGCAGUUUACUACUACAAGUGGUUACCAUCUAUUUUACAGUUCGCAAUUGAUACAUUACAAUCCAUUUCCAGCAGGGUCAGCUAUAACCUGGAUAUAUGUUUCUUACAACAGGCUAUCAGCUCUAUCAACGACUUUAAAGGUCUCGAAAACAAGUAUUGCGUAUUAGGUAGAGAGGCUGAAAUUUUAUUAUCAGAACUAGAAUCUUUCCUAAAUCGGUUGCUAUCUGAAUUACGGGCUUACAAGGAUAAGGACUGUUUUUUCGUAUAUGAAGUUGUGAUAUCAUGGAUUGAAAGCCAGCAUUUCACUGCAAAUGAGGAAAAAGACUAUGGUUCUUCCGUUGAAGAGAUUGAUAUUCGCCUACGUGACGUAUCUACGUCUAUUAUGUUAUCAAUACAAAGAUUAGUUGAGCUGCAGGUAGAUUCAGUUUCUGAAGAAACAGAUAAGUGGUUAGCAAUUGUGAACAAACAAAUGUUAACUACUAUGAGGUUAUCAAAUUCUUUGAUUAUAACCGACCGUUUAGAUGAAUUAGUUAAAUUCAUAAAAGCAUCAGAGUUUGAUGAAGAGAAGGCAACGUUGGUUUCAGCCGUUGUUUCAUAUUCUAUGCCUUUAGUGAGCCAGUACUAUGCUAUGGUUUCAGAAAUAUUAUCGAAUGUUAUGACAAACUACUAUAAGGUUUCGCGCUCCACCUAUGUUGUAUGUUCUAUGUUGCAUAACUUGGCUAAGGAUGGAUUUUGUUCUCCGGAGCCUCCAUCUGAAGAAACGAAAGAUGAUAAUUUACAUGAUGGAACCGGCCUUGGUGAUGGCGAGGGUGCUCAAAACAACUCUAAUGAUGUUGAAGAGGAUGAAGACUUGUUAGAAAAUGCCCAGAAACCAAAUGAUGACCAGAAGGAAAAUGAUGAUGAUCAGAACGAAGAUGAAGCUAUAGACAUGGAAGGUGAUAUGGCAGGUAAGUUGGAAGACGCAUCUGAUCAAGAAAAUAAUGAAGAGCAAGAAGGAGAUGAGGAGGGAAAGGACAUGGAUGAGGAGAUAGAUGAUAUAGACGAAGAUGAUCCCAAUGCACUUGAUGAUAAGAUGUGGAAUGAAGAAGCGCCAGAAAAUUCCAAAGAAAAAGAAUCCGAAAAUAUGCCAGAUAAUUCCGCUGCCGAUGAUGUCCAAGCUUCUAAAGAGGAGGACAGCAAUGGAAACAAAGACAAUGAAGAAAAACCUACAGAUAAGGAGAACAUUGAAGAUGCUCAAGAGAUUGGAAAUACCGAGGAAAACUCUGACGGAGAUUCCGAAAAUGAAGAAGAUGUAGGUGAACAGGAAGAUCAAGUAACAAAUGAACAAAAUGAGGAAUUAGGAGCGAACGUUCCAGAAGUUGAAACUAUGGAUCUUCCUGAUGAUAUGAACUUGGAUUCUGGUGAAGAACAAGGUGAGUCAAAUGAAAGCGAAGGAGAGGAAUUUGAUGAUAAAAUGGAUGUUGAUGAAGAAGAUGAAGGUCAGAAAAAUGAAGAUCGCAUAGGUGACAAUGACUCUGAUGUUGAAGAACAUGUUGAUCCUGAUCAAGAUAUUGAAAUAAAUGACGAAGAUACCAACCUAGAAAAUGAAAACAUGGAAGAAGAUCAUCAAGAUGGUGCUGAUUCCAAUGAGAAUGAGGAGUUAGAUGACGAGGAAUGCUCAGAUAACUUGAUGGAUGAAGACAAUUUAGAAGAGAAGUCGAAAGAAAAGUGCGGUGAAAUGGCUUCAAAUGAAGAUAUCCAGGCUGUAGAAAACUUUGAUGCAGUUAACGACGAAAAUAUUAAUCCUGAAGCUGCUGUCCAACAACAAUCCGGCUCUAAAGGUAAAGGAGCCGAUGCUGCUGAUGAGCAAGAACAGGAAGAUGUCGGUAGUAGUGGUGUUGCAGAUUUACAUGAAAACCAGAAAGCUCAGAAUGAAGAAAUCAAUGAUUCUUCACGUAAAGAGGCAACAGAGAGCUUGAAACAACUGGGUGACUCGUUAAAGGAAUUCCACAGACGUCAUCAAGAAAUCCAGAAAGCCUCUUCAAAUGACGAGAGUCAACAAAGUGAGGAGAAUUCCAACACCAAACCGGAUGAAUUCGAGCACAUAUCUGGUGCGCAAACAAAUUUAGAAACACAAGCUUUGGAUACUGCAAACAAAGACGAAGUUACUACAUUUGAUGAAGAUAAAGCUAUCGAUGAUAUUUUCGAAGAUGUGAAAGAAGACACUAAGCCGGAUUUGGGAGAUUUAGCCGAUAUUGCGGAUGAAGACACUAAAGACAAUGAGCUACCCCAAGACGUUGAUGCCACUGAACAAAAUUCCACAAAAACCAAGAAUUCCUUUAUACAGGAAGGAAGAAGCUGGGAAGAAGCUGAUCCAAUGUUAGUCGACAGUGCUUUGGACAUUGAAGAAAAUGAUUUGGAUGAGUUAACCGAAAAUCUCAACAAUGAAGUUAAGGACGAAAUAGUCGAAAUCAUCCCGCGUAGAUCUGUUGAAGAAUCCCGUGAACUUUGGAAGCAAAGCGAAUUAGCUACUGACGAAUUGGUUGCAGUUUUGAGCGAACAGUUGCGUUUGAUAUUAGAACCAACCUUAAUGACUAAGCUGAGAGGCGACUACAAGACAGGUAAAAGACUGAAUAUGAAACGAAUUAUUCCAUAUAUUGCCUCUCAGUUCCGGAAGGACAAAAUUUGGCUACGAAGAGCGAAGCCAAGUAAACGUCAGUAUCAGAUUAUGAUUGCUGUUGAUAACUCAAAGUCCAUGAGCGAGUCUAAAUCUGUUGAUCUAGCUUUCCAGAGCAUAUGUCUAGUGUCGAAAGCCUUAACGCAAUUAGAGUCUGGGGGCUUGUCCAUCGUUAAGUUUGGUGAAGACACAAAAGAACUUCAUUCAUUUAACAAUCAAUUUGGUACGGAAUCUGGUGCAAAGGUAUUUCAGUGGUUUGACUUCCAGGAUACUAAGACAGACGUUAGAAGAUUGGUAGCUGAAUCCAUAAAGAUAUUCGAUCAUGCACGUGCAUCACAGGACAACAAUUUAUGGCAACUACAAAUCAUAAUAUCAGAUGGUGUAUGUGAAGACCAUGCUACUAUACAGCUGUUGGUUCGUCGUGCCAGAGAAAAGAAAAUUAUGCUGGUAUUUGUUAUCGUGGAUGGUAUAAAUUCCAAGGAAUCUAUUGUAGAUAUGAGCCAAGUAAAAUACGUGCCAGACGAGUUUGGUACCAUGCAAUUGACAGUUGAGAAAUAUUUAGACACUUUUCCUUUCGAGUUUUACGUGGUUGUUCGCGAUAUCUCUGAACUUCCAGAAAUGUUGGCCAUUAUUCUACGUCAAUAUUUUUCAGAAUUGGCAUCUUUAUAA